CAAGAUGGCCGUCAACGACUCGUCAAAGUCAAAUAUUGAUGAGAAUGUUUUAUUUGAAAUAUCCCAGUUUAGCAGUCAAGAGAAAACCGAAAAGACAGAAGAAAAAUACAGCGAGGAUUUUAAUUCAAGUUCGACUGCGAGUAUUUUAGAGAUUUCUCGUGAAUCAUUUUGCAGUAGCGUUUUUGGUGAUGACGGCGAUAACAGUGAUGAAGUUUUAAAAACAUUUGUUCGAGAGAAGUUGCGUAUUUUGAAAGACUAUCGUUGUAAAUCGACAAAAACGUCUGGUGAGACUAAAGAAGAUUGCAGUCUUGACGCAUUUUGGCUGCAAAAGCUUCACAAUUUGAAAGAAAGAAAUAGACAAAACUUUAAUCAGACAUACGAAUCAAGCGACAAGCUUCCACUUCGUCGGACAUGCGUGAAAUCAAUAAACCAUUUGGAGAGAAAGAAAGUUGAAAAUACUGACAACGUCGACUAUUUUCGUUCGGCUUAUGAUAGACUGAAAUUUGAAAACUUAAGACACAAAUAUCAAAGCUUUUUGAAGUCAAACGUACACACAGUGAAGUCAUGUGUACGUUGUCAGCAUGUGCGUGAAAUCAUAGAAAAGAGGAAAUUUUAUGCAGAUUGUGUGAAUAAGAUCAAGAAGAAAACAAUUGAAGAGAGAUUUGCUCAACAUGUAACAGAAAAAACGUCGACCAUGUUAAUUGCACAAAUAAUCAGAGAUGGGCCCCAUCCAGAGUGGACUGUGGACAAGAUUUGGACAAAGCUUUUGGAAGGAGGUUUUAUGAUGUAGCAUUGAUAUUCAACUCAUUCUUGUCUAAAGAAAAA